AUGAGGGCGGAUCUGAACUCUCUCGGCAUGGUGUUCGGCCCAGCCAUGCGUGGCCUUUCUAGUGCCUCCCGAGGUAAUGGAACAGGCCAGGCAUUGGGAAUUUUUCGCAUUCCAGAUUUUCGCGCUAGCAUGCCUUACGAGACAAUGGAGCCGCAUAUCAUGCAUCCGGUAUCCCUGGAUGCCUGCACACAAUUGGCGAUCGUGGCGAUUGGCGACCUGAUUAACCAAGGAGCUUUUGCUGAGAUCAUGCUCCCACGGUCAAUCAAAGAGCCCUGGUUGGCACCACAAAUUGCCAACGAGCCCGGGGCAGAGAUCAAUUGCCAUGAUGUCGCCAAGAUAAUUUCACAUAAUUACAUCCACCACGACGUGACAGCAUUGAGUGCCGGCGCUACAAUGCCAGAAUUCCGAAUUUGGCAAUAUCAAACCGUUCUUUUAGAACGGUCCGCAUACAAAGGCCAUCAUUACCAACAACCAUGGACUUUGGUGUGGAAACCAUAUGUAAAUUUAAUGGAACAGCAGGAGACCAUAGACUACCUCCGCCAGACUGAUCUUUUCCACUUUUUAUCUCGGGAUGGCCUGUUGGAUCGCUUCGAUGCAGAAAACCAGUCGUCCCAGCGCAUACAAGAGUUACUCCGCGCAUACGGUGACAUCUAUGGACAUCAAGCAGGAGAGCUGAAGGUUCUCGAGGUUGGAGCCGGUGAUGGUGCGAGUACCAGGGCCUUUCUCCCCGGCCUAGCAACUGGCCGGACCUCUCGGAGCAAAAUUUGGAGUUCAUAUGACCUCAUUUUGGGUGUGGAUGUAGUGUAUGCGGUUCCAGGUGCCAGUUAUGCCUUGCAAAACCUCAAGUCACUUUUGGAGGAGUCGGGAAAGCUGAUUCUGGUGGAAAUUGGCAAAAUGGAUGUUCUCCUCUACCCACUCAUCUUCGGCCUAAACCCGGGGUGGUGGUUGACCAAGGAAGAAAGCCGUAAAGCCGGUCCUCCGCAGUCUGCAGGCUGGUGGUCCGAGACACUCAAAGCAUCAGGCUUGUCUGAAGAUGAGCUCUCUAUUGGUGAUUCUGCGAGUACAGUAAUUUCGGAGCGCACCUUGAUGAUUGCUGGUAUUCCUGGGCCAGGUGGAAAUGUCAAGCAAUACUCGGAGAUACAAGCCGCACCAACUAUUGUGACACCAUCUCAACCAUCGUCUCAGGUCCACGAAAUUGCUGAGACACUUAGUACGAGUCUGGCCUCGCCUGAUAACAGAUGUACCAUUGUCGAUACCUUCAGUGUUACACAUCAUACGGACCUGGAAGGAAAGAUAUGCAUCAUCAUAGAUAUACAGGGGAGUAUUCUUUCGUGCAUGAGCAAUGAUCUAAUGGCCAAUAUUCAAUAUCUUCACAAGUCCUGUGGCGGCAUCCUCUGGGUCCGCGGAGACGACCAAUUAGAUCCGAAUGCUGCUCUUAUCACAGGUCUCAUCCGGACUGUGGGAUGGGAGCAGGACUUCCGUCAACAGAACCUCCUCACAUUGGAAAUUUGCCAUGGACACAAUGCCCAGGAAGUCAUUCAACGUCUCAAGAGAAUCUACCAACAUGAAUUGCAUCAGAACGCAAGUCCACUGCCAAAACGAACAACCGCAACGCUGAAAAUCCCUGGAUCGUUUAAUGGCCAACAAAUUUGCCCCGACGGCUCCCGAAAGCACACGCCUAGAGUGCACGCAACCGGACUGAACUUCCUCGAUGUUAUGUCCGCUAUGGGUGAAGUGCCAACCACAAAGCUUGGAGGCGAGGCGUCCGGUAUCGUCACACCAGUUGGUCCCAAUGUAAAGAGGCUGCGCCCCGGACAAGGUAUAGCGGUACUCUCAGUCUGCACUGGCACUUUCCAAACACUCGCUCGUACCGUGGAAAAAGCAGCAAUCGCCAUACUCGAGACAAUGAGCCUUCAACAUGUCGCAGGAUUCCCAAUUGUCUAUCCCACAGUGUUCCACUGUUUGGUCCAGGCUGCGCAGUUGAAAAAAGGGGAGUCAAUUUUAAUCCAUGCGGCAGCAGGCGGCGUAGGACAGGCAGCUCUAAUGCUCGCCAACCAUAUCGGGGCUCGGGUCUUCGCGACCGUUUCUUCUGAAUCCAAGAAAAAGAUUCUGCUCGAGUACGGUGUACAUGAGGAGGAUAUCUUCUAUAGCCGCGAUCUUACUUUCACGCAGAUGAUCAUGCAGCAGACGAAUCACGGUGGGGUGGACGUUGUCUUAAACUCGUUAGCAGGCGAGGCUCUUCGGGCGACUUUUGAAUGCAUGGCCCCAUGCGGUCGCUUUAUCGCGAUUGGUAAACGCGACUUUAUAACGAACGGACGCCUUGAUAUGGCACCCUUCCUCCAAAGUGUGACCUUUGCCGCCUGCGAUCUCAACACCAUCCUACAACAUGACCCCGUUCGGGCAGAUAAUCUCCUUCAAGGGGUCAUGGAACUCUGGCAACUUGGUGUCUUCCGACCAACAUCUCCGUUCACAACGUUCAAGUACUCCCAGUUAGAAAAGGCCUUCCGUCAGUUCCAGUCUAGUGAACAGAGCGGCAAAGUGGUAUUGACCGUUAGUGAUGAUGAUGUUGUCCAAGCUCUUUCAUCGCUCCCACCGCCAUAUCAAUUCCCAGAAAAUGCAACAUAG